AUGGAAUAUGUUGAUGAGAAUUUGUAUAUUUCAGACGAAGAUGAUGAGAUAAAUCGUGUUGGAGCAGUACCUUUACAUUGGUAUGACGAAUUUGAUCACCAAGGAUAUACAAUUGACGGAGAGAGACUGAAGAAAAUACUUAAUAAAUCAGAUUCUGAACUACAGGCUCUACUAAAUUCAACGGACCCAGAUGGAUGGAGAACAAUAUACGAUCAGAAAAAUCAGACUUCAGUAAGACUUACUGAUGAGGAUUUGGAGAUAAUUAGAAGGAUUUCGUCUCAGAACUAUGCAAAUCCGGACUUUGAUGCAGAAAGCUACCAUUAUGAAAAUGAUAGUUUAGAAGACAAAAUAUUCCCAAUAUCAAAUAGACCAGUUCCUAAACGUGGAUUUAUACCAUCAAAAUGGGAGGCAAAGAAAAUUACUCAUUUGGUUAAGUUAAUAAGGCUUAAGAUUCUACAUCCCAUUAGGAAAAAAGAGCCUGAGGUAUAUGAUAUUUGGGAAGGUGCAAUUUUGGACCCCAUUAUAAAUGAAACUACAUCCAAAGGACCUCCACAUAUACCAGCACCAAGAAUGGAACUACCAGUUCAUGAGCAUAGCUACAAUCCUCCAGAAGAAUACUUGUUGGAUGAGGAUGAGAUUUCUAAGCUAGAGAAAGAGGGGGAGCUUGAAAGUACAUUUAUUCCAUCUAAAUAUGAUUGUUUAAGAAAGGUACCCGCUUAUGACAAGCUCAUUUCUGAAAGGUUUGAACGUUGUUUAGAUCUAUAUUUGUGCCCAAGAGCUAUGAAGAUGAGAAUGAAUGUUGACCCUGAAAGUAUAUUACCUCCCCCAAUUGAUACAAACGAUUUGAAGCCUUAUCCAACUUCAAUAAGAAUAAGAUAUGACUUUGAUCAAUUAAUUGAUAGUAAAAAUAUACAAAUGUCUGCUUCACCUGAUGGAUUCUGGCUAGCAGUGGGAGUAGGUACUCUUUUAUCAGUAUUUGAGAUUUCUACUUCACGAUUGGCUUUUAAAUUGGAUAUCUCAAAAGUUACUCAAAAACUAAAUAUCUUAAAUGAAUCAUCUUCUAAUAACGAAGUCCAACAGGAAAUUAGCACAAACUCCAUCACAUCUUUGGCUUUUCAUCCUAAAAUGCCCAUUUUGGCCUGCGGAGUUGAAGAAUAUCUUUUUAUUUUAGUAUUGAAACUACCAAAUAUUUGCUUUAUAAACGAUUCUGAAGCUUCCACUGAUAUUGAGCAUGAGGAAGGUUCCGAUUCAGAGGAGCCUGUAAAUAAUUCUAAAAACAAUGAAAAAGACCCAAAGGAAGAGUUUAAACGCUCUUUGGAAUUAUUUGCAAAUCUUCAGACUUUUAGAGAGUCUAGUAAAUUGGAAUUAUUAUCAUGGAAUAAUAUUGAUUUUGAUUCAAACUCUGAAUUUACCAAAGAAAUAAGCUCUAUUGUGGUAAUUAAACACCAAUCUGCUAUCCGAAAUUUGGCUUGGCACAAUAAAGGAGGAUAUUUAGCUGCAGUUUCUCCAAGAGCCAUCUCACCUUCCCAAAGAGUUGUUAUUCAUUCUAUCAAUAGGUGUUCCUCAAUUACUGCAUUUAAAAAGCUUAGUGGAUUGGUUAAGUCUGUUCAAUUUCAUUCAUCUAACCCUUGGCUUAUUGUUGCUACCCAAACAUGUAUUAGGAUUGUUGACCUAACAUCUAGCAAAACAGGUAAUAAGAAGCUUGGCAACCAAAAUACUAAUAAAGCUCUUGUCAAAAAACUUAUUGGUAUUGAAGAUCCUACAACUAUAUCUUUAGAUUCUACUGGAAAACAUAUUUUCGUUGGACAAUCUAAUGGAAGAAUCGCCUGGUUUGACUUAGAUCUUGGGAACACCCCUUAUAAACUUCUAAGAUAUAGUGAAUCUGCGAUCAAGCAAGUACAGUUCCACCAAGGGAAAUCUAUGGUUUUUUCCGCAAGUAAAGAUGGUACUAUUAACGUUUUCCACUGCAGAAUGCCUACAGACCUAAUGAGCGAUCCAUUAUUUGUUCCUUUAAAGGUAAUUAAAGGGGAGUUUUCUCUUAUUAGUUCCGCUAUUUGGCAUCCAAUGCAGCCUUGGAUUUUCUCUGCAGGUAUUAGUAAAAACGGAAAACCAUCUUUAGUUCUUUGGGGCUAA